ACACCUUUGGUUUGGUAGCUCAUGCAAUGCAACAUGCACCAACUCUAUCUUAGCCAAAUCAUUCACUUCCUACACACGCAUUAAUAUGCUCUCCCACCGCUUACUCCCUAUCUAUCUAGCUAGCUUUCUUUUCCCCCCUCUAUAAGCCAAGAACAAGAAGCCAAGCUAGAAAAACAACAUUACCAAAUUGAAGUGACCACAUAAAUCCACACAAAUGUACAUUAUGCGACGAGGGAAGAAGACGUGUUUUGUGAUGUUGUUUUUGGUAAUCUUCCCACUUUUAGCUAUGGCGGCUUCCGCCGCCGACGCAGCGGCGCCACAACUGCCGGAUUUGAGCGUAAAAUGCGGAGAAUGUCCGUGUUCGGAUUCAUGCAGCCAGCUGCUACCGCCACCGCCACCGCCGCCGCCGCCACCAAAGUGCACCACUACUCCUCCACGGCCGGAAACUCCGCCGCCUCCCAGGUUCGUGUACUUCUCGGGGUUGUCUCCUCCGCCGCCGCCGCCGAGGGGCUGGAAUUACUUUUAUCCCACUGAUAAUCCGUUUGACCUGAAAAUUUACUCCGGCGCUUUGCGCCGCCGUAGCAACGUCUUUGUAUCAGGCGUCAUGUUUCUCAUGGUGAUUGGCUGUGGGAUUUUACUUUUUUAGUUAACUAAUAAUUAAUUUUGAUCUAAUAAUGUAAUUUAUUUAUUGUCUUGAAAGACAUCAAGUGUACUGUUAUAUAUAUAAAGCAUAUGUACCUAAAUUUUAGGAGAAUAUUUCUUAUGUUUGUGUUCAUAAAAACAAUUUUUUUUGUACUAUACCUAUGAUUUUGGAUCUUUGUUGUACCUUUGUGUUUUUCUA